UAAAGAUAUAGAGAUAAGCUAGAGCCCAGAACAGAAAAAAGCAGGCACCAUGCUGUGGUCAAUUUUACUUCUUGCUGUUGUUGAUUUUGCGUUAGGACAAAGCCAAUGCCACAGAACUUGUACUUCCCAGUACGCACCCGUGUGUGGUUCAGAUGGCAAAACAUAUAGCAAUCAGUGUCUCCUGAGUGUUGCAAUGUGCUAUGCUAAGGCAAAAGGAACCAAUCUACAUUAUUCACAUCGUGGCUCCUGUAGUCACCAUGUUACCCACCGACCACCAAUUCAUUCGUCAUACAACUGUAAAGAUGUCUGUGAUGAAGAAUUACAGCUAACAUGUGGAACUGAUGGUAACACCUACCAUAAUAGAUGUUUCCUAAGCUUGGCAAAUUGUGAAGCAACUAAAACAGGAGAUCAUGUUAGUUAUGCUCACUCUGGUGAAUGUACUGAGAUGGACAAAAACUGUCCACACACCUGCGACAAUCACCUAGAUCCCGUGUGUAGUACAGGGAAUAUCACAUUUAAAAAUCCUUGUUGGUUGACCAUGUAUGGAUGUAAAUAUUCCCAUCUAUCUAGUACUUUAUCAGAUAGAUAUCAUAUGGCACACAAUGGUUCAUGUGACGGGACAGAUCCUUAUGCAUCAACAACAAUGAUCGACUGUAGUUCAUAUAUGACCCAUGGUUCCAUAGCAGGAGAAGGAAGCACCGGGCAUUUAUGGAACUGUCCAAGAGAACACGAAUAUCUAUGUGGUGCUGACCACCAUACAUAUACUGGACCAUGCUCAUAUUGCAGACGUAUGGACUAUAACAAAAAACUUGAUGAGAAUAACAUGGUGCACACCAUCUCCAAUUCUGCCUGCAAGUCUUGGAUUGGUUAGAUUUGCCUUUAAUGAAAUAAAAAAAAAUUACCAUUA